AUGUCGAGAGUUGCUGUAGUUACCGGUUCCAAUAAAGGAAUUGGUUUUUCAAUUGUUAAAUUACUGUGUCAAAGAUUCGAUGGUGUGGUUUAUUUGACCUCGCGAGACGUGGAAAGAGGAAAGGAAGCUGUCAAAAAACUUGAAGAAAUAGGAUUACACCCCAAAUUCCACCAACUGGACGUAGCGGUAAGAAGUAGCGUGGAAACAUUUAAGAAUUAUUUGGAAGCGAAUUAUGGAGGGAUUGAUAUUCUAAUAAAUAACGCUGCUGUCAUAGAUGCAGGGUUUGGACCCUGUAGCUUUGAUGAAGCGAGGAGAGUCAUAGAUAUUAAUUAUAGAAGUAUAUUAACAAUGCAUGAACUCAUUUAUCCAAUAGUAAGAAACGGUGGACGGAUAUUAAAUAUUUCCAGUGACUGUGGCCAUCUUUCGAAUAUCAGGAAUAAAUUCUGGAUAGAAAAACUUUCGAAACAAGAUUUAAGUGUAUCGGAUGUAAAUGAAUUCGUGGAAUGGUUUUUAGAAUCAAAGAAAAAUGGUACUUUCAACGUAGAUGACAUAGCGGACGGAGCGUCGGUCGCUGCGUAUAGAGUUGCAAAAGUGGCUGUUAGCGCUGUAACAAUGGUACAUCAGAAAGAAUACGACAAUAAAAACAUUUCUAUCAACUCAAUGCAUCCCGGACUAGUCCGUACUGAGAUGACGACUGGAGUGGGAUUCUACAAUGUGGACGAGGCAGCUGAAACUCCAGUGUACAUUGUUCUAGAAGCACCACAGUCACUGAAAGGUGCUUAUGUUUGGUACGACAGAAGAGUUCUCGACUGGUAUGAUUACAAUGCUGAUUAUUAUUUUAAAAUUAAGACAAUUACAGGGUGA